AUGGACGAUCGAAUGCAAGCACAAAUUCGUUCGUGGUUGGAAGAGGAUUCUGGUGAUGAAUUGGAUGCAGAUCUUGAAAAUGGGGAACAAUAUCGUGUUGACACUAUAGAAAGCGAUAGUUCUGUCAUCCGUAGUCCUCACGAAACUGAUACGGAGCAAUCGUCGGAUGAAAACGAUGCUGAUAUUUCUGCUCCCGCAAUUCAACAACAAAGAGUUAGGAUCCCAUACUAUAUUGGCAAAAAUCGCUCCACAAAAUGGCUUAUCCACAAGCCUUUACGUAACGUACGUACUAGGAGUUAUAACAUAGUUAUCCACCUGCCAGGAGUAAAAAAUGUAGCUAAGAAUGCCAAAAAACCUUUACAAUGUUUCUCAUUGUUUGUGGAUGAUACCAUGAAAGACAAAGUAGUCCUGUACACGAAUGUGUACAUAACUAAACUACAAGAAAAGUUUUCACGUGAACGGGAUUGCAAACUUACAGAUGCAGUUGAAAUAAAAGCAUUGAUCGGAGUUUUGUACAUGGCGGGCUUGAAAAAGAUCUGUCAUUUAAAUGUAAAAGAAAUAGAAACAGAAACAGAAACAGAAACUUUUUUAUUCAAUAUAGAUUAUAAAUAA